AUGGCUCUCUCUUCAAAAGUCGUUGUGUUAGUCCAACAGAAAUGGCACCUGGUCCUGCCCUGCUUGGUGCUGGUCUAUUUUCUCUGGAAUCGCUACCAGAAGAGGCUGUCAAAAGUCCCCGGCCCUUUGAUAAACUCAUUCACCACGCUGCCGCGAAUGUGGUCGGUCUACCGAGGCCACCACCACUUGGACGAGCUGAAAUGGCAUGCCAAGUAUGGCAAAAUAGUGCGUGUAGCGCCGAACCUCAUAGCGAUAUUCGACGUGGAUGAGAUCAACCAGAUAUACGGCAUUGGCACCAAGUUCGUCAAAUCUCCAUUCUAUGAUCUUUCAGCUGUCUAUGACGAGGAAGGCCUGGUCCCGGAUCCCUUCGUAAUUCGACAUGACAAAGGACUCCACUCGCGCAUGAAGCGCAACGCUGCCAAUGCAUACAGUAUGAAUGGGUUGGUACAGUUUGAACCAUGGAUCAACACCGUCAUGGACCGAUUGGUCGCAAUUCUAGACAGGAAUGUCUCAUCUGGAACAGUCUGCGACUUAGGAAACCUGUUCAAGAUGUUCGCGAUGGACGCAGUGUGCACUUUGACCAUGGGGCGAGACCUCUCCUACAUGGAGAAAGGUGACCAUCUCGGCUUCUUCCCAACUCUCGAUCUCUUCACCAGUUACAUGUCUAUUAUGGGCCAUGUGUCUUGGCUGCAUCCAGUCUUAUUGGGCAACCCAACAAUCGCAAAGUACAUGACAGGUAGUGAUAAAUCUGGCACGGCCUUACUUGAUCUGGCGGCCAAGGAGCUUGAGAGAACCCGGCGUGAGCCUCCCGCAGAGGAUGCGCCCAUGACAUUUUUGGCCCGAUUAGGCCUCAAUCAGGACGCGAAUCCCAAGUCGAUUACAGAUCGUGAGAUAAUCACUCAUGCCUUUGGCAAUCUCUCAGCUGGUUCCGACACCACGGCCGCCGCUAUUAGAUCCGUCUUCUACAACAUUCUCCGUUGCCCCAGAGCUUACGCGCGGUUGGCGAAAGAUGUGCGGGAGAACCUACAGCUGCCAGUCACUUUUACUAAGGCAUACGCAAUCCCUUACCUACGAGCAGUCAUUCAAGAAGCUAUGCGCUUACAUCCUUCUGUUGGCCAACUGCUUGGUCGAGUAGUACCUCCUACAGGAGUCACAAUAGGCAAGUACUACCUGGCACCGGGGACAGAGGUCGAGGCGAAGGACGUCGAUCCAUACACGAUGGUGAACAACGCAUUCCAGGGCCCCAACCCAGGCCUGGCUCAGAACCCGAAUCAAGGUCUUCCCGCGAACCAGAACCAAGGCCUUGCCGCAAAUCCAAACCCAGGCCCUGCCCCCAACGCGCCUCCAGCCUUUGUGAUGCGACCCAAAGGCCCCCAGUUGCAGGACAUGACCGACCCAGCGUUCCUGCAAAACCCGCCUGCCCAGCGCCCGCCUCUCGGCCCACUCGACUGGGCAUUCCACUCGGUCAACAAUCCGCAGCUCAGAGUUCUGCUUGCCUAUGAGAACCCGCAGAACCUGAAUAUGCAUGUUUGGAUCGAUCCGAUCAACAUUGGAAGCACCAUUGAGCACUGCGACCCCUGCUUCCAAGGGCCUCAGGGCCAAAUCCACAAGUGGAAGGGACCACACACGAUUGCAUACCUCGCACACGGUGCCAAGCUUGUUCGAGGCUUUGGCUGGAAUCUGACUCCUCAAGGAGAGCUCAUCAAUCUGAGUGUUCUUUACUUGCCGAUCAAUAUCACCUUCGGCAAGACUGUCGUCACGGUCGGAGAAGUCCUACAGCACCUGAUGAACAAGGUCAAGGACAGCUUCCCCCACGGCCCGGCUCUGAUUGCUGGUGGCAAUCUAACCCCAGUUCAACUGAGCAAGGCCAUGUUCGCAGCCACCAGUCAGUACCAUGGCACCGUCAAGCACUUAAUUCACUUGUGCGACUGGAUUGGCGGCGUCCCUCUUCAACAGACUUACUAUUGA